AUGCAUCACGAUUUAACAGCCGUCAAGAUAUAUAUACGGAGUGCAAGCGGAAGGUCAGCACGACAAUCCGCCGAUGCUUGCGGCGGCCUUGGGCAUGGAGUAUCCUCGAACGCGGCCUCUUUCACUCUCGCCGCCUACAACCCGAAUGGAGACAAUGCGAACGACACUGGUAUUCCGCUUGUCGUCAGUCGCACUGGCGUCACGGAGGUGACUGUCGGACCAUCUCAUGGAAUGCUCUCUACAUAUAGUUCAUAUCGACAAGCCCCAUUCCCAGAAUUGUCGCUCGUCAAAAACGCCCUGCUUCCCAGAAACGGUGCGGCGAACAUUGGGUAUUCGACCGAUCUGAGUGUCGCCUCUGGCGCGGAGCUCGAGUUCGAGUUUUCUAACAGUGCCUCCGAGCUGCCGCCUCCUGCUCCGAUCUAUUGUAUUGUUCAGAACUUCUCUCCGGCUGGUCUGGCGGACACAGCGAUGCUUGCUGUAAAUGGCGCGAUCAGCCAUUUCUCACUGUGCCAGAGCCUGGUCGCGAUGCCAGAAGGAGCUAGCCCACUGAUCAAUGUGGUCUAUAAUGCGACGGAGGAUAAUGACGGUCUCUACGUCUACAGCACUUGCUACUCCGUCGUCAUACAUGUAGUGUACUGA